GAAAGCCGGACGGUAUAUAUUUUGGACUUGUUUGUUUACGCACGUGUUGUUCGGUUUUAUUGUUUUACUUGGAUAAAUUCUGGCCAGAAAAUGGACAGCGAGGGUGACGAUUAUGAGCUGACCGGUUCCGAGCAGGAGUACGAUGCGGAGGAGCGCGAGAUACUGGAGGAUCUGCGCAAGCAGCGCAAGAAGCGCCAGCAGCAGGAUCCCCGCCAGGAAGUCCUGGCCUUUAGCGAUGAUGACGACGACGAUGAGGAUCAGGACAACGAUGAUGUGGCGGAUUUGAUGCGCGAUAGCGACAUCGAGGGAGCCGAGGACGAUGACCGCGAUCUGCCCAACACAAUGGACUGGGGCAGCAAGAGGAGCACCUACUACAACACGGACUUUGUGGACCAGGACUACAGCAGCUACAACGCCCAGGAGGAGGAGCAGGCGCGCGCCGAGGAGGAGGAGGCCAAGAAGAUUCAGUUGCGCUUGGCCAAGCGGUUCAGCGAGCAGGACUUCCAGCUGGACGAUGUCCAUGUGGCGGCAGGAAGCAGCGACGAGGAGGAGUCGAGCGAAAUCACUAGGGUGACCACCGAUCUUACGGGUCUGACGCCCCGUGAACGCCUGCAGCUGUUGCAGAAGGACUCGCCGGAACUCAUGGGCCUCAUCCAGGACUUUCAGAAACAUCUGGAGGAGGUCAAGGAUCUGAUCACCCCGGUUCUAAACUAUGUACGGAACCACGAUGUUCCCAUGGUCCCGGCUCUCAAGUACGCCAGCCUAUACCACACCGUGCUGUCCACCUACUGCUCCAACGUGGCCUUCUAUCUGCUGCUAAAGGCGCGACGGAGUAGCGUCAAGUUCCAUCCGGUGGUCAAGCGGCUGGUGCAGCUCAAGCUGCUGAGGGAGCAGUUGACGCCGCGCUACGAGGAGUACAUACGGCCGCAGUUGGAGGCAUUGCUGGAGAGAAUUCAGGAUGGCGAUGCCUUCACCGUGUUGGAUGUGGCACAGCGCAAGGCCAAGCUGCAGAUCCUCAACAAGUAUAACAAUGGAGAGCAGGCCGAAGUAAGCAGUGAUGAUGGUGAAGAGGAGAGGCAAGAAACGAAGGGUCAGGAAGAGCCAGCAGAAGACCCAGAAGAAGAGCAGGACGAGGAGGAGAUGGCCCGACGCGGCAUCACCUACCAGAUGGCCAAGAACAAGGGUCUCACGCCGCACCGCAAGAAGGAGUUGCGCAAUCCGCGUGUGAAGCACCGCGGCAAAUACCGAAAGGCUCUGAUCCGACGCAAAGGAGCCGUGCGCACAGUGCGCAAGGAGCUGCAUCGCUACGGUGGCGAGAUGUCCGGCAUUAAGUCUAGCGUCACUAAGAGCGUCAAGUUCCGCACUUAGUUCAAUUAGCAGUUAUGUAAUAAAUCAAAAAGCCCUUUCUUUUAAUCAACUCGCAGUUUUGUACAUUUUAUUUCGGUUUCGGUACGUUUUAAAAUCAUUUAUGUAUAUAGAUCGACAAGUGGCAUUUUUUUUCUGGACUUCCAGGAUUCAUAAAUGUCAGAAUUUCUCAAUUAAAACAUGCUUAUAGUCAAAUAUUAUUCUUUAACAAAUUGAUUUUAUUGUGUCUCCCAUUUUGAUUUUUACUUGGUUCCCACAUUUUUAACCAAUUAAGAAUAAAAAAAAUCUUACAUCUGCCUCA